UCCGGCCCCGCCCGGCUCAUGGACGGUGGCCUGCGGGCCAGGGAAGAUGCAGCUACCCGCAGUGCUGUGCGCCCGUCUGGCCGGGGGGUCCGCAGCGGCCGAGCCGCUGCCAGUGGAGCGGGACCCUGCGGCCAAGGCCGCGCCCUUCCGCUUCGCUGCGCGCUUGGUACGGUUCCCACGAGAACACGAGUUUUUCGAGGAUGGGGACGUACAGCGUCAUCUCUAUCUCCGGGACGUGCUCUCUCAAGUGGCUGAGGCGCCAGAGAGGCCCAGGGUGCCCGAGUUCACCUGUCAGGUGGCAGGCUGCUGCGAGGUGUUCGACGCCCUACAUGACUACGAGCACCACUACCACACGCUGCACGGAAAUGUCUGCUCCUUCUGCAGGCGGGCCUUCCCCUCAGGACACCUGCUGGAUGCCCACAUCCUGGAGUGGCACGAUUCCCUCUUCCAGAUCUUGUCGGAGCGGCAGGACAUGUACCAGUGCUUGGUGGAAGGCUGCACAGAGAAGUUCAAGACCAGCAAAGCCCGGAAGGAUCACCUGGUAAAGCUUCACUUGUACCCUACGGAUUUCCGGUUUGAUAAGCCACAGAAAGGCAGAGGCCCAGCCAUGCUUAGGGGCAAUGAGAAUGUGGCAGCAGAACCCCUCGGGGACGACAGGGAGCAGUCAGAAGGUGAAGCCAUGGAAGUCUGCUGUGAGCCUACAGACCCCUCCCCAGCACCUGAGGGUGGCAGGUGGACCUACAGUCAUAGGAUACCUGCUACCAUCUGUUUUGGUCAGGGUGCAUCUCGAGGAUUUAAAAGUACCAAGAAAAAAAACAAACACCACUGAUGAAUUCAGACAGAGAACCAGGCAUCUGCACAGACUCAGAGGUGGCAGGUGGAGGCAGUUGCCUCUUGUCUGGUCUGUGUCAGUAGUGGGCCUUUCUCUGACACUGUGGUGUAGUGAGCCCAGGGCCAGGCCUUUGCCAUUCUCCAUAUCUCUGUCCCCAGGUGAAUUUAGCUGUUACCACAACCAGUGAGGGACCUCUGGGAACAGAUGCUGGGAACACUUACAUACUGUGGGGAAUGAGAUGUGAAUGGCUUCCUGCCCUAUGCAGGACCCAGCCUUAGAAUAUCCUUUUUAAACACAUGAAAUAAAUAUUCUUCAUAUUGAUGAAGAAUCAUUGAUGAUG